AUGUGGGGUGGCGCAGCGGCCUUCGUCGUCUUGGGUACCGUAUGGUUUCUCAGCGGCGACGACGGGUCCGACGAUCCCAUCCUUGGCCGCCCGAACCCUGCGGAUGUCGCCUACCUUUCUCGACUUCCCACGUCCAAGCUCAUUUCGGGGUGGAUCGUCUACGCGUUCUGCUCCUCGCCUCUGCUCAUCGAUAUAUCCGGCGGGCUCUUCAAGAUCUUGCGCAGCAUCCCACUCGUAUCCAGUCUGACGGACGACUUUGCACGCAGAACGUUCUUCCGACAGUUCUUUGGUUAUGAGACGGCCGCGGAGGCCGCUGUUGGCGUGUGGGCCCCGCUCCGCAAGGAGCACAUCGGUGUUCUCACCGCUCUCAAUAUUGAGGCGGAGACGUACGAGUGCCUCAACACGCCAGAGGUCAUUCGUGAGGGCGUGGAGGGAACCCUCGACUGUAUCGAGCACGUUGGCAAAUUUGGCGUAGCGAACUCGACGAAGGAUGAGGUGGCCAAUGGCGACACACGUUGCUGGGUGCGCACUAAGGUCUCAGGUCUGGUCCCAGACCCGCAGACUAUGAUGCGCGCAAGCGAGCAGAUCACGCGUAUGCGUGCGGGUACUGUUCACUAUCCCGGUAUCCCGGAGGACGGCGACUUCGAGCGUCUGAUGAACCUGCGCUCCCUCAGUGCCUCAGACAUGGAGGCCCUUAAGAACGUAUACACGUAUCUGCAACAGUACAUGCAUGCUGGGCAGAAGCAUGGCGUGCGUAUUAUCAUCGACGCCGAACAGUCGUGGUACCAGCCAGCUGUCGACGUCAUGACUGAGCAGCUCAUGCGCGAGUUUAACACGGGCAAGGACGGAAAGUCGCCCGUCGUCGUCGCCUCCUUCCAGGCAUACCUCCGUCGCAACCCCGAGCUCGUGCGCUCACAGAUUGAGCGCGCCAAGGAGGGCGGAUACAAGCUUAUCUAUAAGCAGGUGCGCGGCGCGUACAUGCCCUACGAGCGCGAGCGGUGGGCGAAGCUCAAGAUGCCUGGCCCCCCUCCAGUCUGGGGAAGCAAGGCUGAGACGGACGCGUCGUACCGCCAGAGCAUCGAGACGGGGAUCAACGCCAUCGCAGCACACAAGGAGGAUCCCUCUACCGCGGACGUCGCUGUCAUCUUCGCAACUCACAACGAGAUCAGCGUGGACGACGCCAUCGGACUGCUCGCCAAGACAGGCCUCGGCACACAGGACGAGAGCGGGCGUCUGAUUAUCGACGAGUACACCGCCAACCGCGUCGCAUUCGCGCAAAUCUACGGCAUGAAGGACAGCCUUACCAACCGUAUUGCCGCAAACGUAGUGACGCCCUCGGGCCUGCCCCUCGUGUGCAAGUCGGCUCCGUACGGUACGCUGGAGCACGCACUGCCCAACCUCGCGCGCCGCGCCGCCGAGAACAAGAGCGUGAUGGAGGGUCGGGGUGGCGCGAUCGCCGAACGCAAGCGCCUCGGUCGCGAGUUGUGUCGUCGCUACGUUCCAUUCUACAGCAGCGAUCGGUAG